AUGGACUCUAAAUUAAAUGUUAAUACAUAAUUUGGUCUUUAGUAAUGAAAGAGAAGGCAAUUAUCAAUAAAUUAAUUAGGAUUUGUGCAGACAUAAAUCAAAAUGUAUAGAGCAUAAUCAAGAUCAAAUCAUAAUGUUGGAGGAUAGAAUGGGCCUACAUAAUGUGUUGGGCAAGAUUAAUUCGGAAAUAAAUAUUAUGAAGAUUUUGAUGUGAAAGAAAUUAAUAGAUGGGCAGAAUUUAAUGAAUACUUUGAUCCAUAUCAUACUCUUGGAGAUAGAAUACCUCCUGCUUGGCACGGUUAGUUGGCUCAUGUAUCGAAUGAGGCUCCAACUAGAACCGGCUAUUAAUACUUGUGUAGCCAUUCUACUAAGAACCAGCUACAGACAAUUAAUCUCUUCCAUAAGGAUAAUUGCGUAUUUGGAUUUAGGAUCCCUAGGCAAUUGAAGCUUUGAUUAAAUCUAAAGUGAUUUUGAGAGAUUUUGAUCCUCUUGCAGAAGGAAAGGCUUUAAAUAAAAUCCGUAUAAUAUUUCUAGUAAUCAGGAAAGAUUUUAUUCAUAAAUGUGGAUCUUAAAAAAGAAAUUAUUGUAAUUGUUGAUAUCAUACCUAAAGAAAGAAAAUGUAUUUAUCUUCAGCUACUCUGGCGAAUCAUGUAAAUUUAGAGGUUACAACAAAUAUUAGACUCUCUCAAAUUUCCAAUAAAAAAUUAUUAUCUUUUAUACCCAAUUAAUAUAAGAAACCGAUAUUAUAAUUUAUUAAUCGUUACUGAAAUUCCAAAAAUGGGACUUGGCUUUCCUUCUGUUGAAAUAGAUAUUAAUUUUGAUAUUCCCUAAAAUGGUAAAGAGUAUCAUCACAGCGGUGGAAAUUUGGAAAGGUUAUUAAUCAUGUAAUUAAUAGAUUUCAGAAAAUAGAAUAAUUAAUUGAAAAAAGUUGUUUCAAUAUUCUUUAUUGAAAUUUGAUGUAGUGGUAUUUUAUGAAAUUGUAUAGGAGGCAAACUUAUUAAGAUAGUAUUAUUUAUUAAAGAUUAGUGACUUAAAGAAUCAGAUUAAGAAGACUUUGAUGAGUGUGAGUUGGAUGAUAAAAAGAUAAAAUAAAUCAAUUAGAAAAAUAAAUUAAUCCAAAU